AUGGCCAAGGCAGACCUGACACCCGAACAGCUCUCAGCCAAACAACAGCGCAAGGCUGACAAGAAGGCGAAAAAGGCGGCGCUCAAAGAGGCCCAGCAGAACGGAGCGGACGAGGUGAUGGCAACGGCGAUGCCUGCGGGGGAGAACGGCGCGCAGGAGGAGACGGACAAGGAGCGCAGGAAGAGGGAGAAGAAGGAGCGCAAGAAGCGCCAGCGUGAGGACGACGGCGAGGGCCAGGAUGCCAAGGUCGAUGGUGAGGAGGCAAAGGAGGGCGCAGACGCAAAGGCGGACGGCGAGCGCAAGUCGAAGAAGAGCAAGAAGAACAAGGACAAGGCUGCGCUCGCCGUCUCUGCCGAUACCCCCUCGACUCCCUCGACUCCCGCUUCCGAACCCGCUCCUCCCGUCGCGAGUACCUCGACUGCCCCCGCUCCCUCGGCCGACGAAGUCGACGCCUUCCUCUCCGAGAACAACAUCUCGUACGAGCCCGAGUCGGCCAAGACGCAGUUCCCGCCCGUCCUCUCGUUCGCUUCGCUCCCUCUCGCCGACGGCGUCCGCAAGGGAUUGAGCGGCUUCGCCAAGCCAACGCCCAUUCAGAGCGCCUCGUUCCCGCUCAUGCUGGCUGGACGAGACGUUAUCGGUAUCGCCGAGACGGGUUCCGGCAAGACCGUCGCUUUCGGCGUGCCCGCCAUCGAGCACAUCCUCUCCCUCCCCUCCUCACCCGCCGGCAAGAAGGGCAAGUCGACCGCGCCCGUCUCGGUCCUCAUCAUUUGCCCGACUCGCGAACUUGCGAUGCAGACUCACCAAAACCUCUCGCUCAUCUCGUCCGCCCUCUCCCCCUCCCUCCCUUCCGUCUGCCUCUACGGCGGCGUGCCCAAACCCGAACAAGUCAAGAUCCUCCGCAACGACCGCCCGCGAAUCGUCGUCGGCACUCCAGGUCGACUGCUCGACCUCGCGCGCGAGGGCAACCUCGAUCUCGGAAAGGUCAGCUGGCUCGUACUCGACGAGGCGGACCGAAUGCUCGACAAGGGGUUCGAGAACGAUAUUCGCGAGAUCAUCAAGCUGUGCUUGCCGAGUCCCUCGAGUCCGCUUGGGCCGGUCAAGGAGGAGAAGGGAGAGCCCAAGGCUCGCAGGACGGCCAUGUUCUCCGCGACGUGGCCCAUGUCGGUCCGCAAGCUCGCGGCCGACUUCAUGACCUCCCCACUGCGCAUCACCGUCGGCUCCGACUCUCUCACCGCCAACUCGCGCGUCGAACAAGUCGCCAUCGUCGUCCCCGACUCGCGCCAGAAAGAGACCCUCCUCCUCACCCACUUGCGCGACAACGGUUUCUCCCUGAACGCGACCAAGAAAGGCGCGGACAAGGGCAAGGACCGCGACAAGGCGCUUGUGUUUGCGCUUUACAAGAAGGAGGCGACCAGGUUGUUCGAGUUCCUCAGGAUGAAGGGCUACGAGGUCGCGUGCAUCAACGGCGACAUGUCGCAAGAGAAGCGCACGAAGAGCCUGGAGGAUUUCAAGCUGGGAAAGGCCAACAUCCUUGUCGCGACUGACGUCGCCGCUCGCGGUCUCGACAUCCCCAAGGUCGAGCUCGUCAUCAACCAGACCUUCCCGCUCACGAUCGAAGACUACGUCCACCGCAUCGGUCGAACCGGCCGCGCAGGCCGCACGGGCAAGUCGAUCACCUUCUUCACGGAAGCGGACAAGGCUCUCGCGGGCCAGUUCAUCCGCCUCUUGCGCGACUCGAACGCCGUCGUACCGCCUGGAUUGGACCAGUGGGGCACGACGAUCAAGAAGACGACGCAUUCGGCGUAUGGCGCCCACUUCCGCGACGAUGUCAAGGGCACGGCGAAGAAGAUCACGUUCGACUAG